UGCGCGCGGAGUACACUACUGUGUAGGCUGUCGGAGCGCCCCUAUCGGAUCAUGCUUACUGUACAGUACGUAUAGGACGGAUGGAUUCCGCAUAACACACAGGCGACCCUCCCAAGUCGAGGGCGCUUAUCAGCCGCGGACGUUUCCUCGGCAGGCGACAUAAGCUUACUGCUCUCCCGCUCGCAAAUUUUGCUGAGAGCAUCCGACUUCCGUGUCUAAUGGCCAUCUCUCUGUUACCGGAACAGCAAAGAGAAGGACGGACAUGGAGUCAAUACACUUACCGCCCUUACCGAGAAGGGUUCUGUACGCUUUCGGCAGCGCGCUCCUUCUGACCUUUGUGCUUCUUCGAUCCCUAGCCCCUGAGAGCUCGACAUUCCGAGUUGCGCACCGGGGAUGGGCGCCCGCGGGCGAUCUCCUGCGCGACAUCCGCAACAGUACCCUUGGCUUCGAGCACAUAUUCGUUGUCGGCCUGCCUUCCCGGUCGGACCGUCGCGAUAACAUAGUCCUACAAGCGGCACUUAGCGAUAUCCAAGUCGAGUUCAUCGAUGGCGUCCUGGGCCAAGACAUCCCGGACAAGGCCAUUCCUACGUCGCCCGACCACAAACGCCCUGCCGAUCCCGUCCUCGGCUGUUGGCGCGGGCACAUGAACGCCGUCCGAGAAAUCGUGCGUCGGAAUUUGACGUCGGCUCUUAUCCUCGAGGACGACGUCGACUGGGAUGUGAGGAUCAGAGACCAGCUACAGGACUUCGCGCUGUCAAUUCGCGCACUUACGCAACCUUUGCUACGCGGCGACGCCGGCGGAUAUGCUGACCCGACCUAUCCCAUGCCAUCUGACAACUCACCCGAGUCGGUGCCCGAUAUGGACUUUUACCAACUCCCGGCCACCGUUCCCCCGAGCACAUAUCCGUAUGGAGACAACUGGGACCUUCUCUGGGUUGGCCACUGCGGCAUGCAUUUCCCCUUUAAAGGCAGCAAGACAAUCCCGAAGGGACGCGUGAUCCGCCACAACGACGUGACGGUUGCUCCCAAGAAGAGCCUGUGGACGUUUAACAUCCCCUUCACCCUCAAGGAGACGUAUCCCGAGCACACCCGGGCCUACCAUCACGUCCAAGAGGGCGUCUGCUCGCUCGGCUACGCGCUCAGCCAGCGGGGCGCGCGGAAGCUCCUCCACGAAGUCGGCCUUAAGGACGUCAACGCCGGCUACGACCUCCUGCUGCGGUGGUUCUGCGAGGGCGUCAAGGGCCGCAGGCCCGGUCGCCAAUGCUUGACGACGCAACCGGCCCUGUUCCACCAUCACCGAAUGGCCGGGCCCGAGAGCCACAUGAGCGAUAUCGGAAAUCACCCGAACAAGUUCCGACACAAGGCCAUGACCGACAUGGUCAGGUGGAGUGUACGCUUGAAUGCCGACGUUUUGAUGGAGGGGAGGACAGAUUUCGUAGAUCAGUACCCGGACUAGGACAGGAAAUUUUCGACCACGUUCAUUGUUUGCAUAUAAUAUCUCACAUAUUACGUAAAUCUUGGUAAUUGGUACAACAUCUCACUUUUUCAUUCUUCUGAGAAAUGAGCAUUAGAUCAGAAAUGGUGUAAUGCUUAUGGAAACGGUUUGCUGCUAUGCGCUGCAUCAAUACUUAAGGCGGGGCCCUUUGCGGAUGAUUUGGAGCUGCUAACUAGUUGGCGGAAUUCCUAGUCAGUGUCAUGGUCUCCUAACAAGCCAGCGCGCCCUCCACCCCGGGCACUGCAAGUUACCGGUGUCCACAAGGAGAGAAGCGGAAAAGAUAUAGCGACUAAUUUAAUUUGGGAGGCGC